AUGAGUAGUAAUGUAUCCAGAGGAUCCAAGGCGGACAAGAGCACAGAAGGCCAACGCCCACGUCAAAGCAGCUCCCAUAAACCAAAAGCACCACAAGCAAAAGAGUCACGCAAUGAUGAGCAAGGAACAGUCUCUGUCUCAGAGAACCGUGCUACUCGCAACAAAAUAAAGAAACUGGAAACGGACUUGGACAGUAUCAGAAAAAAUCGGCCAGAAGCUACAAAAGAGAUAGCAGAUCUAGAGAAAGAGUUGAGCUAUCAGAGAAGCAUAUGA